AUGACGCUCAACACUCUACUCAUGCAGCGUGCUGCUAUGUUGCCGACCGCGUCUCGUCGCGCGUUCUCCUCUGCCGCGCGCGUGUACAAUGCGCAGCCGCAGCUCAUCCGCGAAGGCCCUGCCGCGCCCAAAAACAACAAGGAGCGAUUCGACGACGGCCGUGACGAUGCGCACUACCCGGGCGUGCAGCAGAAGCUCAAAGCCUUCAACGAGGCGUACCCUAACCGACCCAAUGCGUCGCGACCUUCACCGGAGCCCGAGUCUCCUGGCGGACACGAGGGCGCAUUUGCCGACCACCGCGGACGGGGUGAACGUACCGAGUACGAGCAGCUCACGGGGUCGGAAGAAGCUGCCGAGACACGCACGCACAAGCGCGUUGGUCAGAUCGCACGCAACGCCGCCCAGUCCCUCUUUGGCAAGUCCAAGUCGUUCUCCACCUGCGCCGCGCUGUCUGCCCAACCACCCGCGGCGUCUUCUCGCACCUCCCCCGCUUCUGACGCCAAGGGAAGCGUGAGUGACCACCCCGGGUACACUACCGCAGACGCGCCUAUCGACUCGCGUCCACCGUCUGAAAUGCCCAAGCCGGCCGAAGGUGCCAUGCCCUCAAGCAGCGUUGCCAACGCAAGCACCAAAGCUGCCGCCCCGCAUCCGGAGGUGCAUACAAUGGCCAAGGGCGCACAAACCAGCGGUGCAGGCGAGGACGCCAUCCAUCCCGAGGAUAGGUCGCAGAGCACGUGGGGCGCAAACGCCCGUUCGGCCCAAUUCAACCCAGACGAGGGAAAGAGACAGCCCCUCCACCAUGGCGGCUCCCACGAAGGCGGCUUCAAGGAUAACGGCAAGUCGCGCACUUGA